AUGGCGUCUCCAAUGAAAUUGCGGUCAAUAUACCGAUCCUUCCUCCGCGAACUUCCUUCUCGCCCUCUAUCUGAACGAUCUCGAUCCCCUCUCCAAAACCGCAUACGCAAUACAAUCGCCUCUGAUUCUGCUACACCAUUAGAGCAAGCAGAGCAGUUUCUACAAUACGUCAAAGCCCAACGCAUGUACGCGACAUUACUGGAGAGAUACAAUCCUGGCAUGAAUAUGGAUGAAGAAGAAAGAGUGCGCCUCACGGCGAGAAGGGUUGGAAUGGAUUUGCCAGAAGAGUUCUUGGUUGGUCCAGAUACUAGUGGCAAUGGGAAGGGAGAAUGA